CUGGCGGUGCUGGUGCUGCUGGUGCUGCUGGUGCUGCUGGUACUGCUGGAUAAAAGAGCUGCCGCGCCGCCCGAGGGGUACAUGGACGGGGUCAAGGAGGGCGAUGGUCAUGGCCUGACGUUCGCUCGAGGAAUGAAGCACAAGUGUGGCAGCGGAUUCGCGGGAAUGUCGCAUCAUCUUCAAAGACCAGAAACCCACCGAUCGGGCCAGUCCUGGUUGAGACCCCCCCCCCCCUUUUUUUUGAUAUUGCGACAAGCAACACCAGCACGGGGUCGCAUACACACGCACACAACGCAGACGCGACGGCUCAACAUACGUCGUCACAGCCGUGUCGCAAGGAGACAAGUAGUGGGUGGAUCGACCAUGCAGCCCUCAGCGGCGACGACGACGACGACGACGACGACUAAAGAGCGCCGACCUCCUCUACGCCGGAUCCACGCCGCAAGAGGCAUUCAAUCAACUCGCCCAGGAAAGCUCGAACCGGGUCAUGAGCAAAGACUCCUCCACGUGUGCUACACAAAUUUCCGCGCAGGCGGGAAACGCCUGAAAACACACCCCAUAGAAGGCAGGUCACAAAGAGGUGGCACUCCUGCAUCAGAACGGAGGAUCAGAUUGAGAGAUCGCCAUAAGAGCAUCCUCAUCACAGGGCACGCACGCACGUUUUACACACGCGCGCGUGUCUGCAGCUUUCCGUCCAGAAGGAAAAGUGUCAGACUCGGUUUUCUGGCCAAAGGGAUUUACGCGGGCCACGCCAAGGCAAGGCGUUCGGCACCGGCCACCACCACCGUCUUCACCACCACCAUCAUCAGCAUUAUGAUGAAAGUUCUUUAGAAGGAAAGGAGACAAAACUGGAGCCGGCCAGCGCACUUAUCAUUUGAACCAGUGCCGAUGAGCCCUUUUUCCUGUCUGGAGGAGGAACUGCCUGGAGUUGUAGCGGCACCAUAGCACCAGUAAACACACAGAGCUUCUGCGGGAGGAGGAGGCGAGAGAGGAAAAUAUAUCAAGACGAGCAUAGACAGAAGAAAGCCCGUCGGUAACCAGACCACGCGGGAUGCAGAAUAUACCACACUACUCUAUCAGUACUGCUCCUGGUCUAGUGGCGAGCAGAACUAACAAGGAUAACAAACGAAAGAUCAAUACUUUUUUUCCAGGCG